GCAGUAUUAUGUUGAUUAUUGCGUUAUUGACGUCAAAGGUCGGAUUCUUAAGCACAAUAUUGUGCUAGAGAUGUUGCUUGACCCAGCUUUAUUAACUCCAGAUGAUCCGUUCUAUCGACAAGCAGAUUACGAAGAAGGUUUAUUUAUCGACUACAAACUCUUUCAGGCACAAAAUACGACUCCUCAGUUUGCUUUUGGAUACGAGCUUACCUAUACAACAUUUAAAUACAGUUCUCUGACCUUCUGGUCUUCGAGCAAUAGUUUGUCCUUCUUGCCACCUGAACACGGCUCUUAUAUGUCAAACCCAGCGCCUGAGGGUGGACUCGAGUCUCUUUAGGAGGAAAUCGCUAUCAAACCACUCUAGAGCGAGUCGUUGCUCGUAGAAUCCCGCAUUAGGCACGCCUCCUGCUGCCGCAAGCUUAGAACUAACCAUUCAGCCCAUUAACUACAAAAGUCCCGAGUUGCCGAAGGAUGGAGAGCUUCGUGAUUUCCCAGAAAAGGAAAAACUGUGUAUG